AUGAAAGUUAAAUAAAUAAAAGAGAUAUUAGAUUAACUCAAGGAAAAGUAUAAAAUGGAAAUGAAAUAUCAUAAAAUUUAGGAAAAUUUUAGGUGUGAAUUUUAUAUCAACUCUCUAAAAAUAGCAGAGGGAUAGGGUGUAUCCAAAAAGUAUGCCAAGAAUGAUGCAGCGUCAAAGGCAUAUGAUAUUUUGGUUAACUCUGAUUAUUCAUUUGCAAGAAGAACUGGAAAGAAAAUUCGAGAUGAAGAUUACAAAUAAUAAUUGGAGCAGUAUGCCUUAAAGAAAAACAUUAGAGUGGAAUUUAAGGAAGGAAUAAAAAAUGAAUUAGGAUAUUCCUAAUAUUACAUAUAAUAUGGAACCAAAACAUACAUUGGAUAUGGGUUGAAAGCUAAAAAAUGCAUUAAUUUCAUGUCCUAUUGCAUUCUAGAGAAACUCGAAUACAACGAAAAAAUGAAUCAACUAAUAAAUUAGAAAGAACCUGAAAAGCAACCAGAGGUUUGGGAACACACAUCUUCUCGGAAGAUCAAAAUUGUUAUAAAACCAACAAUCCCUAUGUAAUAGAAUGAGCAAAUAAAAAUAGAGGAUAGUGAACCUCCUCCUCAAGAUACAAAUUUAAUAAAGGAGUUGAAGAUUUAGCAUUUUCUAAAUAGUUUAAUGAUUACAGAAGAUGUAUACAACUAAUUUGAUCUGUUCUUACUUUAGUUGUCUUAUCAAAAGGACUUUUUAUUUAGGGCAGUUGGAGCAUUCACCUCCAAAUCAAUACGCACUUUGAAGCCAGAACUUGACAUUUUGAUUAAUAUUCCUAAAGGUAAUUUUCCUUAGUUCGAAUAUUUUUUGGAAAGGACUUCAAAAUUAUUUUAAUAUAAAGUCUUCAGGAAUAAAAAACAUAUAUAAUUAGAAUUACCAUUCUAAACAAAAAGUAAAUUCUUGAGAUGGACAUUUUCAUCUCUCAAAGUUAAUAUGUAUAUAAAAAAGAAGUUUACUCCAGAUUCUUUAAUCCAUGAUGAAUAUAUGAAAUAAUAUUAAGUGCAGUAUCUAUUAAAUAGAUAUUCAACUCAAUAUCUCUCAUUAAUUCAUCAAUGGAAAGAAGAUUCGAAAAUUCCUUUAAAUGCAACCAUCUUAGAUUAUUUAAUUGUUUAAGUCUCAAAUUAAUUCUAAACAAAGAAUAAUCCUAUUGUUAUAUUAAAGCAACUAAUAUUCUUAUUAAAAAUUGGAGUUCUUGAUGAAAUUCUAGAUUAUGAGAAAGGCGAAAUAGAACUAAACCCAUUUCUUCAAGCAAUACCAGAUUACUAGAUAGUUUGCAUUAGAAAGAUUGCAGAAUAAACUCGUAAAUAGAUAAAGGAAAUUGCCGAGCAUUAUGACGAAAAGAAAAUUUAGACAUGGAUUUCAAAUUAUAUGGAUUGA